UCUCUCAUCUUUUAGAAUGGGCAUUUUGGUUUCUGUUCUUUCAUAUGUUCUUUAAAACGAAUAAAUACAAGAAGGAACACAGGAGGAAGUUUGUGUCUGAGAAUGCCAAAGUGGCCCUCACAUUGGAAUGGUUGAGAUCAUUGGCAUAAACACAUUGAAAGGCAAGCUCAGGUCCAUGUGAGAGGAAUAGAAGGGCGUCUCGAUAAGAUGAUAAGUAAGUGGGUGGAGGUUUGUCUGAAGCCUCAGGACCAGCAACGGCUGGAACGUUCAGUAACUGCAACUGUGCAGCACAGAGCUCACAUCCAGCCCGACUCCAAUCCAGCGCCAGUUCAAAGGGACCAUAUUCUCGCCAUCCUACACACACGCAGAUUCCUGUUUGCCCAGCAGCAUUGCCGUCAGCUGCAGACUCGCAACCAUCUUCCACUGAACCGAUGUGAGCUGGGAAUUUGCGGAAGCUGCUGACCGCUUUCAGUUUCGGGGAUUUCCGCAAGAGAGUACGCAGGAGCAGUACCAUCUCACUUCACUGCCACAAAACCGGCCUUUAUUGCCCCCUUCCUCCAGCGAGGCUUUACCAGUCGGUGGGAGAGACUGAGGAGGCUGUGGGCUGGUAAUCCAGCGGCACAGUGAGAACCUCAGGGAGAGCUGGCAGCAAAGAGGAACAUCUGCUAUUGGUGAAGAUCGGAACAUGAGUGGACUCUGUGAUUUACCAGACAACUUAACAAAAUGGACAAAAAAGCAUGUAAAAGACUGGGUGAUUAGUCUGAACCUUGAUCAGGAAUAUGCUGACAUACUAUACAAUGAAGAUGUCAAUGGAGUGGUGUUGAAAGAACUUACUAAAGAAGACAUACGUGAUUUGGGCAUAAAGGGUGGACCAGCGACAUUGAUAAUACGGAAGCGGGAUGAAUUCAUCAAGGGCUCAAAGUCGGAAGCAAAGCUUGCAGCUUGCACUAAUGAUGAACAAAUCUGUUCAGAACGAUCCUCAUCUUCAGAAGCAAAUAGUUCAGGUUGUAAGGCAGUUAGCAAUAAUGAAUCAGAAUCUCAGAGCACUAAAACAGAUUCUACUGAACUCGCAAAGAAUUUUUCACAAGAAAAACACAACAUUAAGAAGAGACAAGACAAAACUGAACCCGAUCACUGUACCAUUAAUUGUCAAGCAGACACAGAAAUGCAAGUUAACUUGGCCACUUCAACAAAACCCGAAGAAGAUGAGAUAAAAAGGCAGGAGUGUUCAGAGCAGCCGUCUGCAAAAAUACAACCUGUUACAAAGUCAAAACUAAGAUGUGAACCAUAUCCAUUCGAUGAACGUCAUGCAGGCACACGAUACAUAGAAAACUCUACUCUGUCUCCUGAAACUGGACCCUCCAAUCUAAUUGACCCAGUACAUGAGUUUAAACUAUUUAAUUUGACAGGAGAUGCGACAGAGGAUGAUAUGAAGAAGAAAUUCAGCAAUGAAGUUUUUAGAUUCUCAGCUGCAUGCAUGAAUAGCAGAACCAAUGGGACCAUCCACUUUGGGGUAGGAGAUACAGGUUCUGGAUAUGAACAUGGUGAGAUUAUAGGUGUGUCUGUGGACAAUCCAGCUAUAUAUAUUGACCAUAUUUCUAACAGUUUUGCUCAGUAUUUUGAGAAAGAAAAGAUUGAACAUGCAAAGUUAUGCAUUAGACCACCUCGAUUUGUGGAGGUGUUGAACUCAAAUCAAACAUUGUCAGAAAAAUUUGUAAUUGAAGUCGAUGUUGUACCAAGCUUCAGGAUUUGUGAGUCCAGACUGUAUCAUAUUUACAUGAUGAAUAAGGUCAAUGGGAAAUGGAUGAAAAGUAAGGAAAAACAUCUCUUCAUACGUGAUGGAGGCAGCUCCAGGGAUAUUCUGAGAAAUAAGAAUCUCACAGAAAGGGAGGCAGAAUACAGACAAUUCCACACAGAGACGUUAAAAACCUUAGACGAUAAAAGGAAAAGUGCUGAAGGAAAACCACAAAGGCAGACGAAGAAACAGGAGGGAUACAAGCUGAUCAGGAUGAUUACGGGUGGCUCAGAAAUGAUGGACACAUCCUAUUACCAGUGGUACAUAUUAGUGACAAAUAAAUCCCAGCAAACCCAAACGUACAAUUUUGAGUUUCUGAAGGAAAUGAAUUUGUUUUGUGUACUUGAAUUUGAUCCUGAGUCUCUAGCCAGUGGGGUGUGUAAGUCAUAUCGUGAAGAUAGAGCUGCAAAUCUCCAUUUCCCUAGUCACUUCCAAGAUAUUGAUACAGCAGUUACUGAAAAGAUUGAACAACUGAACCUGUACAAGCAAACAAGCUGGAUAUUUUGUAACGGAAGGUCAGACCUUGAUGAUCAGAACUAUAAGCCAUUAAUCCCCAAAAUGUGGUAUAAAGAACGAGCUGCAGAUGUCAGGAAAUUGGUUUCAUUUCUGUGCCGAGCAGACAUCAUGCCAAAAGGGAAGUUUCUGGUAGUUUUUUUGAUCCUGUCUAAAGUAGACGAUCCAAAAGAUCCAUUUCUUGAAACCUUCUGUUCAUUUUUUCAGGAACUGAAAGGGACAGAAGACAUAUUGUGUAUCUGUGAAAGUGACCAAACAUUCUUGCGAUGGAAGGACCUCAUGCUGUGCACGUGUGAAUCGUACGAACUUACAGAGAGAUGUGUUUCUGCCUUAAGCCUUGAUGAAGUCAAUGCUACUGUUUUAAAAUUGAAAUCCGUUACGCGAUCUACAAAACGAUUCUUACCCUCUGCAACUUCAGCCUCUGUUAUCCUCCAGAAAAAAGAGGAGGAGCUCUUGACUGCUCUCGAAAUCUUGUGUGAAAAUGAAUGUGAGGGCACUGAAAUAGAAAAUGAUCAAAAUCGUUUUAAGGCAUUUCAAAAAUCCAAAGAGGAGCAGUUUUACCGGGGUGGCAAAGCAUCCUGGUGGAACUUCUACUUUGACACAAAAGUUCCUUUUAUCAAACGAGACAGUUACGCUAACCUCGAAGAAUUGAUUAAUGCAAAAUCACCUUCUGCCAUGUGUGUAAAGAUUAUCAAUUUAUUUCACCAUCCAGGCUGUGGUGGGACAACUUUAGCCAUGCAUUUUUUAUGGGAAUCGAGGAAGAAAUUCAGGUGUGCCGUGUUGAAAAACAGUAAAGAAGACUUUGUGGAAAUUGGGAAGCAAGUCAUUCAUCUAGUCACUUAUCAAGUAGCAGCUAACUCAGAAUACUUACCAGUAUUACUGCUGGUGGAUGACUUUGAAGAAUUAGAAAAUGUGCAUGUGUUACAGAAUUCAAUUCAGGCUAUAGUUGCAGAGAAAGGCCUACGGUUUGAGUGGCCUCUGGUCAUCAUUCUAAACUGUAUGAGAUCCCAGGAUCCAGUCAGAAGUUCAAAAAAGAGUGUUUUGGAUAGUGUUGCUCUCAAACAUGAGCUGUCCAUUAAAGAGCAACGAUUGUUUAAACUAAAGCUUGAGGAAAUUGAGGAACAACACUCAAAACCUGAAAACUUCUACUCCUUCAUGAUUAUGAAGAGUAACUUUGACAAAAAGUACAUCGAAAAUGUGGUACACAACAGUUUGAAGGACUUGAAUACUCAGAGCAAGCAAGGACAGCUGAUUUCAAUCUUGGCCUUGCUGAAUUGGUACGUGAAAGAUUCUUCAAUGUCAGUUUCAAAAUGUGAAGAAUUUCUGGGAUUAGGACAGGUCAAAACAUCUUUCUGGGGACCAGAAAAGUUUGAGGAUGCAAUGGGCACUUACUGCAACCUUCUAAUUCGCAUAGAAGUGGAAGAAUAUGGAAGAUAUGAGGGAAUUCGAAUCAUCCACCCCUUGAUUGCACACCGUUGCUUGGAUGAAUUGAAGCAAUCUUACAAGCUUUCCAAGAGUGAGAUUGCUUUGAAACUGCUCAGCCAAGACAUAUUUCUUCGACGUAGCAUUGGAAAAGAAAAACUGCUACAAGACACUUGGAGCUUGUUGAUUACCAGACAACGGAAAGAGCAUGGUGAUGAAGCUGAUACUUUGUUCUCCCCUUUAAUUGAAGCAUUACAGAGUGAGGAAGGAAAUAAUCAGGUUGUGAAUGUUUUGACAGAAGCAUCAAGCAGGUUUGACCAGAAUCCCUUCAUUUCCCAGGUUCUGGCAAGGCAUUUCUAUCUGAUAGCAAAGGACUAUGAUUCAGCACUUCACUGGGCGACUAAAGCUAAGGAGCGGGCAAGAGAUAAUUCUUACGUUGCUGAUACAUUAGGCCAAGUAUUCAAAAGCAAGUUAAAAUACAGAAUGGAGUGUGUUGAGAUUGCUAAACAAACUGAGGUGACUCCUCAACAGUUGAGGGAGUUCCUGGAUCUUGCACAAUCUGCUUCAAAUGCUUUCAGAGAAUCCCAGCAACUGACAGGAAAAAAAGGAGAAAGCAGUCUUGAAUGGGUAACACCAAGUUCUAAACGGAAAUAUGAUGUGUACAACACUUCUGGUUAUUUAGGAGAGAUUGAAGUUGCUUUGUGUGUUAUGGACAUCCUUAGGAUGAUACCAUUCUUCAGUGGAAAUGACGAUAUUGGUGAGAUGAAAUUAAGGGAUUUACUUUCAGGUAAGUUGAAUCUUGAGCACAUUGAAAAGACAAACGAGAAAGAUGAGGAGUUAUGUUCAGUGGUUGAAGAAUACAACCGAUACGUGAUUAAUAUUCAGAUCACUAUGAAAACAGCUUUUGACUUUUUUGAAGACUAUUUUGUCCACUUCAAAACAAAAAAUAUUGAGAGAGAAAUUGCAGAAUUUAAAAUUCGCAGAAAAGUUUCAGAUUGUUUUUCAAAAUACACAAAAAUAUUCUGUUCAUCAUACAUUGAAAUGAGGGAUGCAAGGAAAAACAGGCCGAAGCUUAGCCUGCCACUUGAGUUGGAAGAAUGCAAGAAGUUUUUAGAGUCCCAAAAAGCGGACCGUUUCGCUGGUCUGCUUGAGUUCCUUACAAACAAUCAUGAAAUUGGUUCAAGAGUGGAAGAAAUUGUCAGCAAAUAUGAAUUUCUCCUUCAGAAAUCAGCACCUCCGUUAACAAGAUACAAACAAAAUUUUAUAUUGGCUACCAUUGUACUUAACUGUGUUAAACCAAAGUCCAAAAAAAUCGAAACUUAUAAUAAACUUAGAGAACUUCUGAAACAGGUUCUGCAAGAUGUCGGGUUCGAUUAUGGACACGUUGACCCAUAUUUCUUGGUUUCCUUACUAUUUUGGCCAACGAAUUAUAAUGAAAUUAAUGAAGAUUCCAGAUUCCUUCUUAAGUAUGAUAAUGUAAUCAAACAGUCAUUUAGAGGGCGUUAUGGACGAAUGAGUCGUUCCAAACACCCUGUUGCACAUUUCUAUCUUGGCAAGAAAGAGGGUUUGAACAGAUUUGUUCACAAAGCAAAAAUCGAUCAGUUCUUCAGUAAGGUGCCACAACUGAAUACUUUAUGGCAAUCUGGAGAAAUCUGGAAAACAGACCAAGUCAAAAAGCUGCUUCUUCGUUUGAAUGGUAGAACAGGGGAAGAUAACAAAGUGUACGUUGAGUUUGGCAGCACUGAGAAAAUCAAAAUUCCUGUGCGUCCUGUAUACCUGGGCAAACUGAGAAGUGGCCAAAGCAUUGAAAAAGUAUCCUUUUACUUGGGGUUCUCCAUGGAUGGACCAAUAGCAUACGACAUAGAGAACACAAACUAACAUUGAUAUACUCAAUAUAUAACUUUGAGCAUCAACCUUGUUACAAUGUCUACACGAUGUAUACCUUUUCAUCUAGAAUUUAAAUAUAUGUUGUGUUGUAUAUUAUCAGAUUAACUGUAACCUUCGGGAGACAAUUUUCCAAAUAGAUUCAGUUCCCGUGGAGCCUGUAUUUAACUCCCCCUCUGGGCGCCAGAGGAAUGUGUUGAUUUAAGCAACAUCCAGGCAGGGGCUAUCAGAUUCCCCAGAAAAAAAAGCUGAGAUACCAGUGAUACACAAUUUAGUAUUCAUAGAGUCAGUGGCCCAGACUUCAGUCCUAGCUUUGUGGCCACAGUUAUUAGUGGUUCACACUGGUCCAUCCAGUGUGAUCAGGUUUUUCUAAAUUAAACCUAUUUUGGGCCUGUAUAAACGUUUGGGCAUGGAAGCCCCAGCACGAGCUGAUCUCUUAAAUUGAUGAAACAAAAUCAGAAACUGCUGAAAACAAAACUCAACAGGCCUGGCAGACUCUGUGGAGAGAAAGCAGUUUGGGUCAAGUGACCCUACUUCAGAAUUAAUGGCCUUAAGUUGAUGGAAGAUGAGAUGGAGUUGAGGCCGAGAUGAGAUUAUCCAUGAUAGUAUUAUGUGACGGAACAGGCUGAAGGAACUAAAUUACCUACUCCUGUUCCUACUUCUUUUAAUCUUAUGCUGAGUCACUAAAAGCAGAAAGCCAGCUGUAGUUUUUAGCCAGGGUCUGGGAUCUGGUCUAAUUUGCUCCCGGCCAUGUGAUCAGCCACACUUGCACUCUGACCAAAGUCAGGGUAAGAUGUUGUGGCUGUUCAGGAACUAUAGGAGCGCUGUGGCUCAGGAGAUAGUGCUCUUGCUGUUCCAGGUCCACUCCAAAGACGUGAAGCCAAAAAUUAAAACUGAAUACGCCAGUAUUGCAAGGAGGGAAUGCAGCAUAGUCAGAUGUGUCAACUUCCACGGGAGAUAUUAUAGCUCAACCCUUGGUGGUCACUUCGGAUCCAGUGGAACAGUUUUGAAGAACAGAGGAACGAUUCCUGGCGACCGAUCAAAUACUUAUCUCUCAAGCAACAUUGAAUUAUUAUAUAACAGAUGACUGUACCUCGUCAUUAAGAAAUUGCUGUUUAUGGGAUCUUGCUGGUGCACAGUUUGGCUGCUGUUUUUCAUUGCACAGUGACCGCACUUCAGAAUGUAUUUAUUUCUUUGUGAAAUGCUUUGUGACGUUUUGAGAUUGUACUGUAUAAUUUAGGAAGAAAAUGGUGUAGUGAUCAUGUCAUUGGACUAGUAACCCAUAGGUUCUAAUGGACAGGAGCUCAAAUCCCUCCCUGCUGCCCACAGUGCAGCUGAUGAGUUAGAAAUUAAAUGCUUAAACUUGGAAUCAAAGUUAACUUCAGAAUUGAAAACUAUGAAGCUAUUAAUUGUCAUAAAAUCCCAUCCAGUUCACUCAUGUCCUUCGGGGACAAAAUCUGGCUAAAUAUGUAAUCCCAGACCCACGGCGAUGUUUAUAACUCUUAACUUGCCCCCUGAUAUGGCCUAGCCAGUCAUUUAUUUCAAGGGUAAUUAGGGAUGGACAGCAAUAUCCCAACCCAAAAAAAAUCUUUCUUUUAAGUGCCAAGAUUUGUAA